AAUCAAAUGUUUCAACCGUUAAUUGAUAACCCCACUUCAUUAAAAGUUAGAUCCUUGAGAUUAAUUGGCGAACUCACGGAAUAUUCCUCAUUAUUACAAAAGAUUGGUCCUCAUGUAGAGAAUUUGGUCAUCAAAUUAUUUACCCACGAUGAAAGUAAUGCUUUAGAGAGUGUUAUCAAGUACUGUACAAAGGUCAGAUUCCUUCAAAUAUCUAGUAUUGAUACUUAUGAUAUCCCUCAAGUAUGUGAGUUGAUCACUAGCAUCGGCGCGCAUCUCGAAUACCUUUCCCUUAAAAUUUUAUUUGCAUUAAAUAUACCUUGUAUAUUUAUCAGUUCAAAACUUCUGGACGAGUUGGGUCCCGUGUUAUCAAAUCACUCGAGUUCAUUGAAAUAUUUGAACUUGUUCCUUUCAAUCGAUCCGAUCUUCAUGAGAAACUUUCUUGAUGAAGUGCAAGAUAUCAAUUUGAAAAAAUUAUUAAUUAGGAAUUGUCAUUACGAAGAUGUCGAUGUCGCUUUUGACGUCUUGAAAGAGUUUGCAGAGGAGCAAAUGAUAGACGAUUUUGUAUAUGAGAUUGUUGAUUAUUUUUGCAUUCACACUAAAGUGAGGGACUACAUCGAUGAAGUUCAAAAGAACAAAUAUCCAGAUUUGGUCUUUCGUAUUCCGGAUUUUGAGUGA